CUGAGUUUUAAAAGCGUGUCAACUCCGCCCUCAUUACCAUCCAGCGAUCUUCGUGAAGGGAAACCAACCUUAAGCUUAAGUAACUCUUGGCAUGAACUUGUCGCAACAAGAACUCCCCAUCACAUCCUACUUUGCGCGAGAUAAGAAGGGCAAGAAAGUGGCAGAACAAACCAAGAAGAGGAAACUCGCACCAGUUGCGGACGACAGGGGAGGUCCAGCAAAGCGGGCAGCAGUUUCUGCUGAUGUGCAUACGGGUGCUCAGGGUAGCGCCAAACGGCCGCAGAAAACUAGGAAGCAAACAAAGCUUCCUCCCUCGAAGCCUCUUGUCGCGUCGACCUCCAGCCGACGAGAGAGGCCAUUACCUCGCAGACCAUCCCACGAUGUAGUGGUCAUUGACUCGUCACCCGAGCGGCCGGUUGCGGGCAGCUCUCGGUCGGCGAAGGGCAGCUCGAACACUGUUUCGCAUAGAAUAAAUGCACCAUGUUUCUCCAGUGUCAAGGAACCCGUGCAUCUCGCAAGCACUGCAAAGCAAUCUCUAGCCACUCCUCCCCCAACGAACCAAACAAAGAAGCGGACGCUGGCAGUAUCAAGCACUGCGGUAGUUCGCCCUCUCCCUCGGAGCGCUACCGUAGCUCCCGCCGUUGUGUCUUUACCUACUCCGGAGACCAACGUGCGUAAACCCAGCAAUAUGCAUGCACCGACCGGUUUGCACACAUUUAUUGGCGCGACGUCGCCGUGCAGAAUAAAGCAUGGGUCUGGCACUCAUGCAUCAUCGAGCCCUUCCCCAGCUUCUGCGCCGCUCAUUAUGAAGCUCACUGUCCCAGUAGCCAACGACUUAGACGCCCACCCGAGGAAACUCACGGAUACCUCCCAUGGAAUACGACAGAUAAUAGAUCCUGACGACCCUUUUACCUGCGCGCCCCGAAACAGCGACGUGGUCCAUGCGACCCCUGUGUCUUCCCCAGAUUCACCAUUUAAGGAGCUGCAGUCUGCUCCUGCUAUAGUCGAAGAACUCAUCCCAUCCUCGCAAAGUCAAUACUUGCUUGCAUUAGAUGCGACGCCGAGUCGCAAACGGGUAGUAAAACCCGUGUCAAUCAGCAACUAUGAGCCUGUCCCAAGCUCACAGUCGCAGGAGGAGGGAGCGAUUAGCAUGGCGUCUCUAUCCGGAAGCUUGUUGAACAACUUGUAUUUGGCAAGAAUCGAAGCCGACCUCCCAACGCCGCGUCCCAUUACGCACGCUGCCCAUUUCAAUCGUAGUGAGCGCAAACGACCGCACCAAUUUUCCCUUGGGUCAAGUCCUGCCACAUCGCCUGUUGUUUCACCGCCAAGAAGAUUCUCUGGUUCAUUCCUGGCAUAUAGAUCUCCAAGAAAUAGAUCCUCGUUUGUUGCGUCGCCGUCUCGCAGGCCUUUGAAAGGCACUCCAAGUCGCGUCUUAGACAAGAUCUCUCCCCUUAAGAAGCCCAUAGAGCGUACAGAGUCUAUGGAUAAUGUUCGCCCCGCUCAGGAAGACGACUCUGUCACAGAGCCAGAGUCAGAACCAGAAGUGCUCAAACCUGGUCCAGAUGACGAUUCCGAAACCGAGCCAGAAUCAGAAAUACCGAUUGUCGCUCUCCCAGCAGAGAUCGCGAAUUGUAAACCGCAAGACGUGACUCAGCGGCCUCAAACAACUAGAGCCUCCAUCCCAAACCAAUCUGCCAAACUUUCUCCCUACAGAAAGCGACAAACACCUGAUCCGUCAUACACUUCCUCACUGGACGAUUUAAUGCAGCAGGGUGCUGGGAUGAGUGUCCCAGCACCACGCAGAUGUUUCUUAUUACCUUCAAGAACCCCACCGCCGGCAGUGAGAGAAUUCCUCGAGAUGUUCCAGGAGGGCGAUGGAAGUUACCCUGACGAUUUCCCGGAGUCCCUGCGUUGUUAAAAGUUAAGUCGGAUAUUAAUAUUGGUUAGCAGAGCAGACAAGAAGUCAUUGGAUUAAUAUGCACAUGGACGUUGG